AUGAAGCUUUUUAUAAAUAAAUCAGUUGCUUCUUUCUGGCGUCCUAAACUGUUCCAUUACCCAAAGAAUAUGUCUUCGGAAGCUGAUAUAGCAGCUGCACUUGAACAUCGUUUACUUGGCGACGAAGCCACUGUGGAAAAAUUGCUUCUUGAUUGUGAGGUGGAACGCGAAAAAGAUCAAUACAGCAGUAGAGAAUUAGGUUGGUAUUCUUACGAUCGUGGAUAUCCGUGGGAUCCUAGAAAAGCGAAUAGGACUUCAGAUGAAAACUUUCAUAUUCUUCAGCAAAAAAUCUCGCAGCUUUCAGGAUCAAAGCUUAGAUUGGUCAGAUUGAAUCUUAAAAUGGAAAGUUCUAAUGAUGACGCCAGUAACAGUGAAAUUAAUUUUGGUAUUGUAGCACAAUGUAAUAUUACAAGAAAUACUAUUAUCUGGCAAGAAAAAGUAUUCCUUCAUGUCAACAGCAGACUGACAGAGCGAUGUGACAAUUGCAAUAAGAGGAUCACUGACGAAAACAAAUUCAUCUGCGAAAUUUCAAAUUGCAAUGAAAUUUUUUGUAAUGCAAAAUGCUAUCAAGAAGCGCUCAAAACUUUCCAUAAACCUCUCUGCGGAAAAGACCUUACACCCAUAUUACAACUCGUACAGGAAGGAAGAUCAUCCACCUCUCUUUUCCCUUUAUUUGUUCUCAAACUUUUCGCCAUUGCUAAACAGCGAGAUAUUUGUCCGUUGGACAUUGAAGAAAUCAAACAUCUCGCUCGAGACAAACCUCUUUCUGGAAGUAUGUGCCUUCCUGAACCUUUGAUUUUUAUCCACCAGAAAGCACAAGAAAUCUUGGAUAUUCCGAUGGGAGAUCUCAGAUUUGAUUUCUGGAUAUUUCUUACAUGUUACAGUAUGGCAGUGCCCAAUACGUUUACACGUCGUCAUCAAAAACGACCAGAUGUUCUCUCAGUGUUUUCCUUGACCUCACUUAUCAACCACGAAUGUCGACCAAAUGCAUCAGUAAAUGGAGAACAGUUAAUUGCUAUAAAGAGGGUCAAGAAAAAUGAACCGGUUACUAUUAGUUAUAUUGGUGAAGAGGAUUCCUCGUAUCAAAACCGCCAAGCAAUGCUGCAUUUAUGGGGGUUUGAAUGCAACUGCUGGUUUUGUCUUGCCCAAAAAGACAAACCCACAGUUAUGUCUAGGAUGCUGGAAGGAAAAAUGAGAAUAUUAAUGCUAUAA